CCAACGGUUCAAACUUCAUACCAUUCUAUUUCUUCUUCUUCCUCAAGAACACAGCACAAUGCAGCAGCUCAUUCACUUUAAACCCCAUUCCCACCUCUCACGCAAACCCAUUCGUUCAUACCCAGUUUGUAAAAUGAAUACUUCUCUUUACAAAACCACCAAAUUUGCCCCAAAUUCUUCUUUCAUUCACUCUUCCCUUUUGCUUUCUCAUCAAACCCAGGUGCAAAACUCAAUUAUAUACACAAGAAAAGUCCAAACACCAGCUGUAUGUGCAAGAAGAAGCAAAAGGAGAAAUGGGUCUCAAAGAUCAACAAGGUUUAUACUCCAAUUGAUAACAACCAUGGCCUCCAAACUCAAGAUUUUGCCACAGCCCUUAGAUUUGGUCAUUGCGGAAAUCGGCGGUGGAGAUGGAAAUGGGGGUGGUUUCUGGUUCUGGAAAGUGUUUGGAGGAGGAGGGUUUGAUGGGUGGAGAAGGAGAAGAAAAAGGAACAGGAAUUUGCUGAUUCUUGGGUUUUUGAUGAUUUGUGGUUUGGGUUUUUUGUUGUUUGGGAAAGAGUUACAAUUACAGAGCAAUGUGCUUAGUGGGGUUUUGGGUUUUGGGCUAAUUGGGGCUGUUUUGAUUCACUGGUGUGAAAAUAGAGGAGCUAAAGAUUGGAUUUUUGGGUUUUGUGUUGGUGGGGUUUUGAUGGGUUUGGGGUUAAGGAAGGAGGAGAUGCAAAAAUGGGUGGAAAAGGUCAGAGUUUGUUCUCCAAUAAUGCAGGUUAAGAGGCUGAAGAAGAAAAGUUGGUAGUGCAGUAAGAGGAAGCUGAAAUACAAGCAUUUAGAUACAAAUUUUAUCUUUUGGAAAAUUGGAAUGUCAUUGUUCAAUUUUUUUUUUCUUUCUUAUCAAAGGCAAUGAAAAUAUUACUCUUCCUAAUUCUUUGACCAUUUUCUCUUGUAAUCGCAAUAUGUACUCCUUGAUUGAAAAUUUAAAUGAACUUCUUGGUA